AUGAACUCGAACACAUACCACCCCGGUUUACGAAAUCACCCGAACUUUAGAUACGGGAAUCCGUCAAAUCAAGCCAACCCGAACUUCCUAGGAAACCAAGGAUUUCAAAGGCAAUAUCAAACGGGUCAAGUGCAUGGUGGGUCUUCGGGUCAAAGCUCUUCGGGUGGAAACGAAGUAAUGGAGAUGUUGAAGGAGAUGCGAAUUGAGAUGCAACGAAGGAAUCAGCUUGAUGAUGCUCGCAUUCAAAAAGACGAAAUCCGUGAUAAAGCAAUUCAGUCGUUGACUACUCAAAUGAGUCAACUUGCGAGUGAUGUGGCGAUAUUGAAGAAAGCAAAAGGCCAACUACAAAGUGACAUGGUGACAAAUCCCAAGAACAUAAAAAGCGUUAAUAUCAAUGUGGUAAGCACCGUUCCUAAUAAUGAAACAUUUCUUACUUCUUCUUGUCAAGUGAGUGCAGGUAUAGGAAGGGAUGUCGAGGUUGAAACGGACAAGGAGCAUGGAGCAUCACUUGUCCCGAUCCGAGUGGGAAAAUUAAAAAUUCCCCAUGCAUUAUUGGAUUAUGGGGCGAGUAUGACUGUGCUACCAGGUGACUUAUAUGAUAUGUAUGAUUUUGGUCCACUUCAAGAUGCAGACACCAUGGUGAGUUUGGCGGAUGAAAGUUGGAGGCGUCCACGGGGAAUAGUUAAAAAUGUUAUGAUUCGGUUGGGAGAAUUCGAAUACCCGGUGGAUUUUCUGGUCCUAGAUUAUGCCCCUACCAAAUUGGCAACACAACAAAGGGUAAUUUUAGGUCGACCGUUUCUUUAUACGACGAGUGCUCAAAUCAACUGUAGAGACGGGAUCAUUACUAUGACCAAAGAGAACCGCAAGUUGUACUUUGAUGUUCAUACUAGGGAGAUUAGUUAUGAAUCUAUUGAAGAGAAGAGUCGAGAGUCUAGUGACCAUCUGAAAAGUGUGCAUCAAAGAAUAAAAACAAACAAACCACCGGGGUGUGAAAAGAAGUAUGAGGGUUCGAGCAGGUUGUAG